AUGGGAUUGUCUACCUCAAACAAGAAGCGAAAGCUUCGCGACGAUGCCGACGCCGACGCCGCUCCUACCGAGUCCAUCGUCGCCACCACCACCAAAAAGUCCAAGAAGGCCAAGAGCCCCGCGCCACCGGUUGAGCCUCCCAGCGACAACGACGACGAGGAAGAGGAGGGAGAGGAAGAGGAGGAAGGCAGAGAGGAGGGUGUCGAGAAGAAGGAUGCUGAAAAUGAUGAUGACGAGGCUCUCCCCCACAACGGCGGCUCCGACUCUCUAUUACCGCCUGCCAACGACGCCGAGAAAUUCGAGGACCUCAACCUGUCGGAUAAGACGAUGAGUGCCAUCCGGGAGAUGGGAUUUACGAAGAUGACCAAGAUUCAGCGCAGCGCAAUACCCCCACUUCUGGCCGGAAAGGACGUUCUCGGAGCGGCCAAGACGGGAUCCGGAAAGACGAUGGCCUUCCUCGUUCCGGUGGUGGAGAUGCUAUGCUCGCUGAGGUUCAAGCCUCGCAACGGGACGGGGGCCAUCGUGGUGUCGCCGACGCGCGAGCUGGCGCUUCAGAUCUUCGGCGUGGCGCGCGAGCUGAUGAAGAACCACUCGCAGACGUACGGCAUCGUCAUCGGCGGCGCCAACCGAAAUGCCGAGGCCGAGAAGCUGUCCAAGGGCGUCAACCUGCUCAUCGCCACGCCCGGACGUCUGCUCGACCACCUGAUGAACACGCCCUUCGUCUUCAAGAACCUGCGCUCCCUCAUCAUCGACGAGGCAGACCGCAUCCUCGAGGUCGGAUUCGAGGACGAGAUGAGGAAGAUUGUCGACAUCCUCAAGCCGGCGGACAAGCAGAAGAAUCGUCAGACUAUGCUGUUCUCUGCCACCCAGACGACCAAAGUUGAGGACCUCGCCCGAAUCUCUCUCCGUCCCGGCCCCUUGUACAUCAACGUCGACGAGGAACAGCAGUUCAGCACCGUCGAGGGCCUGGAGCAAGGGUACGUCAUCUGCGAGGCCGACAAGCGAUUCGUCCUGCUCUUCUCCUUUCUCAAGACGAUGAAGGACAAGAAGAAGAAGGUCAUCGUCUUCUUCAGCAGCUGCAACUCGGUCAAGUACUACGCCGAACUGCUCAACUACAUUGAUCUCCCCGUGCUGGACCUGCACGGAAAGCAGAAGCAGCAGAAGCGCACAAACACCUUUUUCGAGUUUAGCAAUGCUUCUCAUGGUAUCCUCAUCUGCACUGAUGUUGCUGCCCGUGGUCUUGAUAUCCCCGCCGUCGACUUCAUUGUCCAGUUUGACCCCCCGGACAACUCGACCGACUACAUUCACCGCGUCGGUCGUACGGCCCGUGCCAACAGCAAGGGACGCAGUCUCCUGUUUCUCCAGCCCAACGAGGUCGGCUUCCUGACUCACCUCAAGGCGGCUCGCGUCCCCGUCGUCGAGUUUGAGUUCCCGGCCAAGAAGAUCAAGCCGGUACAGUCUCAGCUGGAGAAGCUGAUUGGGCAGAACUACUUCCUUUCGCAGAGCGCAAAGGAGGCCUUCAAGUCGUACCUGCACGCCUACGCCAGUCACAGCCUGCGGUCCGUCUACGACGUGACCAAGCUGGACCUGGCCAAGGUGGCCAAGAGCUUCGGCUUCACCACCCCGCCGCGCGUCGACAUCACACUCGGCCAGAGCAUGGGGAGGAACAAGGUGCAGGGGAGGAGAGCGUACGGUAGCCAGCCGAAGCAGGGGUCCAACGGAAGGAGGAGGUGA